AAGCCGUCGCUUGCUCAUCCUGCAGGCUCUUGGCACUUCGGAAAUACCACCUCUCUCACAAGUUAGAUGAGGCACCGGGAAACAGGCAAUUUGCUGCUUCUUUGGCCACUGCAAGGAAGUACUAGUGCGUGCUAAAGGGGGUGCUCUGAUCAGAGGCUCUGCACAUUACGAUAGCCAAGAGCUCAAGGACAGCGCGAGGUAGCCGCUAGCUAGCCAUGAGCGGCUUCGCGGGGCAGAGGUCCAGGCCGUGGGUGGGGAUGGCGGGUGCCGCCACCCCUUCGGAGCCUUCCGCCGCCGGCGACGCCAGGGACGACGCCGCGGCCGCCUCGUCCAUGAAUGGCCCCGGCCUCGGCACCGACGCCUCCUCGAACGCCAGCGCCAUCUCCUUCGGCUUCGCGGCGACGGCCGUCCUCGUCUCCAUGUUCCUCCUCAUGGCCAUCUUCGAGCACCUCAUCAAGCCCGGCCUCGCCUCCUCCUCCCCAGGCUCCCACGACGACGAGGACGUCGAAGGCGGCAGCGGCCGCGGCUUGCCCCCCGCUCGCCUGCACCAGCACGACGCGUCGCCGGACAAGCACAGGCGCUCGCCCAAGGUGGAGCCCGUGGCGGCCGCGGCGGACCUGACGGUGCUGAUGCCGGGGCACCGGUACCCGACGUUCCUCGCGCAGCCGGCGCCUCUUCCACUUUGCCACAGGGAGGGCGUGAGUUGGCCUCCCCACGAGCGUCGCCUUUCUUUUCUGCCCCCUUGAUUCUCAAUCCGUUGUUAUUUUUUCCCUUUGGUCUGUACAGACUCUGUGCAAGGCGAAUGUUGGCAUGCUGGAUGGACGGGCCUGGUUGCUUACAUGUUCAUAAGGCUUAGAUGGGCCAUGCAUGUCUGUUCUUUGCACAUUGCAAAACCAUCGUUUCGAGCCUGAGAAAUUUGAUUCGUCAAGUCUUUUUUC